AUGUCGAAAAUGCGGAUUCAAGAUCCUAAUCAAGACAUUGCGUCUGCAAGACCUAUCUCCAUCUUCCUUUUCAAUCCCAUCCAAAAUUUCUACAAAAGCAAUAUCCCCCUUCAUUCUUUGCAAAGUUAUGUCCUGCAGCGCGAGGCAUUGCCUCCAAAGGGGCCCAACCCUAAGGUAGUGCAUACAUUCCUCGCCAAGUCCACGUCCGACACUUCAUAA